GAACAAGAAAAUUUAGUACAUAAAACAGCAAAAAAAUUUGGAAUUCAAAGAAAACAAGUUCGUGAAUGGACUUCAAAAAAGCAAGAGUUGUUAAAUUCAGAAGCAAAACUUAUUGAAUCAAUUAACAGUAUUCAGAAUAAAGGAUAUGCUGUAUUACAAAAUAUGAUUACUCAAAAAGCAAAAGUUUUAGCAAAGAAAAAUGAAGAUUAA